CAGAGUCAUGGGUUUAUAUGAGGUUUAAUGUUUAAUAGUCAAUAGGAGGCUCUCUCUCCUGAACAGCUUCAAUAACAAGCUACUCUCAAAAACCCUCCUCCUCAUCAUCAUCUUCCGAUCCUCAAAAUCCUAAUACCUCAGCUAACUCCUUAAAUCCUAAAAUGUCAUCCUCUGAUAGUAACCAACCGCAAAAUGAAACUCCGGAAUCCUCAAAUAUUGAUCCCCAACAAACCCUAGAAUCAAAACCCCAAAACCCUGAUACCGAAUCCCGUACUUAUAUAAUUGAUGCAAAUAUUGAAAAAACCCAAGACGAAAAAACUAAAGAGACGGCCAUCGAUAAUGGAGAAGAAAUUGACGGUGAAGGAGCGGAAGGAGCGGAAGGAGAGGAGGAGGGAGAGUGCGGAUUUUGUCUUUUUAUGAAGGGUGGUGGGUGCAAAGAAAGCUUUAUAGCAUGGGAGCAUUGCGUUGAAGAAGCUGAGAAGAACAAGGAAGAUAUUGUGGAGAAGUGCCUUGAUGUAACUCGUGCUUUGAGGAAGUGUAUGGAAGCUCAUGCUGAUUACUACGAGCCCAUUUUGCGGGCUGAAAGGGUGGCUCAGGAGGAGGUCGUCAAGGAGUUGGAGAAAGAGAAGGCUGCCGAGAAUUCAAAGGAUUCCAAAGGAAAUAGGGAUGUGGGUAGAAAUUAAGAUGGUUUGAUGACCAACUUUUCUUUUUUAAAGGAAUUAAUGUUGUUUGUAGGUAUGAUUUUGAUAUUUAUUAGCGGGAAUUCAGUGGAAUUUGAGCAUGAGAUUUCUUGAUUAUGUUUUGUUAAGGAUUUGGAAGAAACAUUAAAUAUAGUUAAGAGAUGAGAACUGGAAGUAAGUUUUUUGCAAAUGUAGUUAAUUUUCACCUUA